AUGGAUUCAGAAACGUCAUUCACCUUCAGUAGAAAGCUCCUGUUCACUGCCAGUCAAAAUUUAAUCACAAGCCGUAGUAGGAAUCACACGCUCCUACUACCAACUGCAACUGUCAGGAAGACAGACUUGUGGGAAAUAAAGCCACCUGACUUUAGCCCAAAGCUGUACCGCACUUUAAGCUUGCCUCGGAUCAAGAAAAAAACACUCAACCCAGCUAUACUCAAAGAAGGGUUGGAAGAACGAUCUCAAAGCCUUGACAAAAUGCCUUCUGUCAUACAAUCCAAACAAGAAGAGAAGAGGAAUAUACCAGUGUUUAUAACAUCAUACAAACCACCUGGACUACUGGAAUUACAGCGCCAGUUCGUGAAGUUGGGACAGUUUCCAAAUGGUCCCUACAAAAACCCGAAACCUCACAAUUUCAGACCGUGUGAUGAAAACCUGCCAGUUAUGGAGACCUCCAUAGCGAAGGAUCCUGGAAAUUUGAAACUUAAGACUCAGUUCUUGGGAACAAAAAUCUCAGGAAUACAGCAUGAGAUAAAUCAUCCAAACGGAGAGCCAGCCAGGAAAAUGAUCACCUUCAAACCAGCAGAACCCAAAUGGGAUGCAAGACUCAUACUGACGAAGUCGCCUUGGCCACCAACAUCGGCUACAUACACAAGGCAUCGGCGCAGGAGAGGGGCGUACAGUGCAUUUAUGGACCGUGUGGAAGAGAAACUCACCAGAUCUUGGAUUAAAUAUUAA